CGCGAACACUUUCGGCAGCAGGGGGCGGGAGGCGGAGGCCGGGGUAGCGUCGGUAUUUUCCCCCACCUUUCCCUCCCCCUCCCCCCCCCCGUGUGGGGAAAGAUGAGAGGAGUUUUAGACAGAGAUUCAUAAAGUCUGAUCAGAUUAACCAAGUGACCUCCACCUCCAUUGCCAACAUAUCCUCCUCUAGGAAAAGAUGGAAUUCUUGAGGGGCUUCUUUGUUCUGGAGUUCCUUCUUGCCCUGGCCUGCAUUACGUUGUCAGAAGCAGAUGUUUGCAGCCCACACUAUGGAAUUGAAAAUCCGGAUAUCUUACCUUCAAAGUUAACCUCUGUAAACAUAUCCAACGUGUUUUAUGGAAUCAUGUUUGAUGCUGGAAGCACUGGGACACGCAUACACAUAUACUCAUUCAUUCAAAAGGACCCUGAGCCCCCUCAAGUGGACAGUGAAAUCUUUGAAUCAGUAAAGCCUGGUUUGUCAGCCUAUGUAGAUGACCCUGAGCAGGGUGCGGAGACUGUGCGUGAACUACUGGAUGUGGCAAAGCAGACGAUACCUUCAACCCACUGGCAUACUACCCCUGUGGUACUAAAAGCUACGGCAGGACUGCGACUGCUUCCUGAGCAGAAAGCACAAGCUCUGCUAUUAGAGGUCCAGGAACUAUUUGAAGAUUCUCCUUUUCUAGUACCAGAUGACUGUGUUACCAUAAUGAAUGGGACAUAUGAAGGAAUUUUAGCCUGGAUCACAGUAAACUUCUUAACUGGCCACUUAUACGGUGCAAAUGAAAACACUGUAGGAAUCCUGGACUUGGGAGGUGCUUCCACACAGAUUACUUUCCUCCCUCAGGCUGAGAAUACUCUUCAUGCUGCACCUGAAGAAUAUAUCAGUUCCUUUGAUAUGUUUAACAGUUCCUACAAACUGUACACCCACAGUUAUUUAGGUUUUGGACUGAAAGUAGCAAGACUGGCUGUACUGGGAGCAUUGGAUGCAAAAGAUGGUGAGAGCAGAAGAUAUAGGAGUUCAUGUUUACCACAGGCUUUGAAAGCUGAAUGGAAAUUUGGUGGAAUCAACUAUAAGUUUGGAGGAAUGAAGGAAGUUCCCUCUGGCUUCCACUCCUGCUACACUGAAGUUACAAAGGUGAUACGAAAGAAACUUGACCAGCAAGAUGAAAUCAAACGCAGGAGUUUCUAUGCCUUCUCGUAUUACUAUGAUCGAGCUGUGGAUGCAGGAAUGAUUGAUGGUGAGAAGGGUGGCGUUAUACUUGUGAAGGAUUUUAAAAUGAAAGCAGUGGAAGUGUGUGAAGACUUAAACGAGGCGACCAGAGGCAGUCCCUUCCUAUGCAUGGAUCUAACAUACAUCACUGUCUUACUCAAAGAAGGAUUUGGAUUCUAUGAUAACACAGAACUACAGCUGGCCAAGAAAGUCAAUAAUAUAGAAACUAGCUGGGCAUUAGGAGCAGCAUUCCACCUCAUCCAGUCACUGAAGACUACUCCAUGAAUGGAAAAGCAAACAUAAUAAAAGACACUUUUAUUUACAGGGGUA